AUGAAUUCUUAUGCAGGAGUGUUAAAAGGUAAAAGGCAUAUGGGGAAGAUUGAUGUUAAAUUUAUUCCAGGGGAGGUGGGAAAGGAGGAUGGGCCUGUUGUUAUUCCGAUUGAGAAUUUAAAGAAGGCUAGUAUUCCUUAUACCAAUACUUUAUAUGGGUAUAUGAUUGACAAGAAGUUAGCAUUCCCAGUUGUUCAAAAGGAACUGAGACGUAUGUGGAGAAAUGUGGGGCUGGAGGAGAUCUUUAUGAAUAGUAAAGGAUUCUUCUUUUUCAAGUUCAGUGAUGAGCAAGGGAUGAUGUCGAUUUUGGAAGGAAGUCUAUGGCUUAUGUUUAAUAAUAUUCCUAUAUUUUUACAGCGUUGGAGACCUGGGCUUACACUAACAAAGAAUAGACAUGAUAAAAUUCUUAUAUGGAUUAAAAUAUAUGAUUUGCCUUUGGAAGUAUGGAGUGGGGAAAAUCUGUGUAUUAUUGCUAGUAAGUUGGGAGUGCCUUUAGCGUUUGAUUCUUUUACUGAGGAGAUAUGCUUAGAACAUAAGGGGAGGAUUGCGUAUGCUAGAAUUUUGGUUGAAUUGUCGGCUGAAAAAGAAUGGAAGAAGAAAAUAGAGAUUUUUAUAUGGGAUUUUGUAACAAAUUAUGCUGUUGUUUAG